AUGGCCCCUCCAACCAUUUCGAGCGCCGAUGCGCAUUGGAACCACGUGCUGGAGAUGACGUACGAGGAGCGCCAAGCCUACACCGCGAAGCUUGCUGCAGAGGAGAAGGCUCUUGACGACGAGCACGACGCGCUCUCCACGGAGAACGAGGUGCUCCAUCAGAAGAUCGAGGCUGCCAAGGCUCGCAAGCCCACCCGUGUUAGUGCGAACGGCGAGCUCGAGUCCAUCCCCCUAUCUGAGCAGGAGGUGGAAAUUCCUAAGAUUUCCCAGCCAGCUGUUGAGCUUAUCAGUGCCAUCACGGAGCUGCGGCGCGUUAUCGUCGGACUGGAGGAGCUCAGAGAUAUCAUCUUGGACGAGGACGUCCAGCAGACAAUGCUCUCCUCCACCGCCACUCUACUCGAUGAGCUCAAUUCCAUGAAGUACCCCGUUGACGAGGAGACUGGUGAGGAAAUCAAGAUCGAGGCCCUGAAUGAGCUGCGUGCUAUGGUUGGUCGCACCUACGACAAGCUCCGCAAGUACAUCACACCUAAGAGCUCUACCGAUCCUUCGGUUCCAGGCGAAGGUUCCCAAGCUGCCGUUGCUCGUGGCGGAUCUGAAGCUUCUAUUGCCCGUGGAGGUGGUGAAGCUGGUGGUCCUGGCGGAGGACAGGAGGGAACCGAAGGCUAG